ACAACAAUCAUAACAGAUUCAAAUUUUAUUUCGUUAGAAAAUUAUUCAAAAGUCACCAUGCGAGCAUUCCCAAGAAAAGUGAAAGGUCACAACGAGACUGACCUGAAUCUGACCGGUGUUUUGGCACAACAAAUAUUUUGCGGCACCCUCGAUUUAGACCACGAUCGUAUUAAAGUUGCCGCUAAGUGUUCUUCCCUUCCUGAAAAUGAGAUUGGAAUUUUCCGGUUGAUCGGGUGUCACCCCCAUUUGGUGCAUUUGUUUGAGGUUACAAAGGAAGGCGACGAAACCUUCCUCGUGCUGGAACUUUGCAGAGGCAGCCUCGACCAGCUGGAACCCUUGGAGGGCAACAACUUCAAAACCUUUGUGGGGGACUUUGUGCAAGUGGUUUCACACCUGCAUAAAACAAUGAAGCUGAAGCACGGACAUCUUACUUUAGACCAUCUGCUGAUGAGCAAGGACUACAACCGCCUCAAAAUCUGCAGCUUUUCCCGUGCCAGAGUCUGCCAAAACCUGAACGAACUCAGGAGUGAUUUGCAGCAAAUGGCCAUGUCAAUAUUUAACGCACCGCUGAGAGAGCGUCAAGAGACCGUGCCUCUAAACAAUCCUGCAUUCCUGGUCCAAAUUUUGAGCUGCAGAUCGACGCUGAGCAAGAGCGAUAGCAUCAUGCUCGCCAGUUUGGUGCAUCCGUUGCUGGCAGGACACACCCUGGCUGAAGGGUUGGAAAACCACAUUUUUCUGCAUAGGCCUGAAGAUGUGCUCCGUUUUAUUGAUGGCUGCAAGGAUUUCUUAAUGAGCAGGCGCAACAGUUCCGCUGAACAAAGGUUGGAGAGUUCCUCAGUUCUGGGUUCCAACUGGAUACAAAGGGGCUAUCUGGACGAAAUGCGAGAAGGUCGGCGUUAUGAUGAUUCAGUCCGUGACUUGCUGCGGCUCAUCCGCAACAAGAGCGAGCACUACAACUCGAUGCCUCAUUACAUCAAAAACUGCUUGGGUCACCCUUUAGUCAACCCUGCCCACUUCCUGGACUAUUUUACAGGACUCUUUCCUGGCCUAAUCACAUGGACCUGGCACUGCAUGUACCAGGACCGAAACGAGGCAAAUCUGCAGGCUUUUUACCCUGUGGAAGGUAGCUACCUGACUCAGGUGCCCAUUGAAGAUAUGAUAAGAGCUUAA